AGAGGCACGACUGGACGGGAACGAUGCCGACGUUUGGCAGUCGGUCGAGGGCAGAGGACUGGAUGGACGAGGAAGUAUACGUAGCGUCCGCUCGUACUCCGACAGAGCGUCCUCCAUCGAGCAUACUCGUCGACGACAGCAGCUGACAAAAUUUACACCUACCUGAAAGCGACAUACCUUUUGGUGCCCAUUUUUACUCUCGUUGGGUGCUGGGCUCUCGUCAUGCUGGCUGUAUACGCUUGGCCACCAACCAGUAACGAACGUCGGCUGCCCCCGGCCGAAAGGCCUCGGUAUCCUCACCCCUUCCUGUGGCCGCCUCUCAUCAUCGGAGUUCUCGCUAGCAUCACUAUGCAGGCAUUGAGAGACCCUGUCUUGGAAGCUAUCAGCAUGCUACCUGAACAACUCGGCAGGAUGUUCUCGCGUUCAGGGUUCACUGCGAGCAGGUCAAAGAGCACAAUACGGCUGCUUCUACUCGCUGCUCUAGGCAUUUUCCUUCACACUGCGAUGCAGGAACUCCUUCGAGUGAUUGCGCUUUACCUUUGCGAACCUCACUCGUCAACUAUGGUUACUACAACGCGGCUGUUUCAGCAGUCGUAUUACCUCGGCAUUGGCUGGGGAGCUGCAGAAGCCUUCUGGGGAAUUACGCGGGGUUGGUUCAGCGGUGUACGACUCUGGAGUGAUCUGCUGGACAAGGUGUCAGUUGAGCCGGUCGCAGAUCCUGAGAGGAACAUGUCCACGUCGACGGCCCAAGAUUAUGCUACGGCGACAUCUCAGCAAAUGGAGUCAGAGGUCGUUGUUGCGGAUGAUCAGUCUUCCGUUUCCAGUCUUGAGGAUGAAGAAGAUAACCUGUUAGCCAAGAUUGAGGCUUUGCAGCGCUUGCGCGGAAGGAAAGACCUGGAAGAUGCGUUGGGCAAACCGUUUCCAAACAUUGCGGUCGCUGUGCAUAUCCUCUGGCGACUGGACACGAUACUCCUCAACCUGGGUUUCACCCUCAUCGUAUCCGCUUUCUACUACAACACCGAACCGAUCUAUCACCGUCUUUCGGCUCGAUCGAGCUUGCCUUCUGGCAAAUAUGGCCUGACUCCGCUUGAUGAGCUCAAGCCGCAUAGACUCUUUCCUCUGGUCGUAGCCGGAGUGGCCUUGGCUCACUUCGUCAUCUCCUGGGUCUGGGCCGUUGGUGUUAGGCGUGUAGGGCUGUCGGCGGUGACUUGGGGAAGCUUGGUGGUAUCGCUAGCGGCAUUCUUUGCUGGGCUCGGCAGCUGGGGCGGACUCGUUUGAUGACCGUUGGCGUGAUUUCGGAAGUCUUCCCAGACUGGAUUUGUAACUAUGUUGAUAU